CAUGGCCCCCGUUCUGGCGGCCUUGGCGCUGCUAACUCUGCUGCCCGUAUCGGAGCAAGGUCCUCACGAGAAGCGGCUACUGAACGCGCUGCUCGCGUCGUACAACACGCUUGAGCGGCCUGUGGCCAACGAGAGCGAGCCCUUGGAGGUCAAGUUCGGCUUGACGCUGCAGCAAAUCAUCGACGUGGAUGAGAAAAAUCAAAUCCUGACUACGAACGUCUGGCUUAAUUUGGACGAGAAGAAUCAGCUACUUAUAACCAAUAUAUGGCUGUCAUUGGAAUGGAAUGACUACAACUUGAGGUGGAACGACACAGAGUACGGGGGCGUCAAGGACCUCCGAAUCACUCCGAACAAACUGUGGAAACCAGACGUACUCAUGUAUAAUAGUGCUGACGAGGGUUUUGACGGGACAUACCAGACCAACGUGGUGGUCAGAAACAACGGCAGUUGCCUGUACGUGCCCCCGGGCAUUUUCAAGAGCACAUGCAAGAUAGACAUCACGUGGUUUCCCUUCGAUGAUCAGCAUUGUGACAUGAAGUUCGGUAGCUGGACCUACGAUGGCAAUCAGUUGGAUCUGGUGCUCAAGGAUGAAGCCGGCGGAGACUUGUCAGAUUUUAUCACAAACGGCGAGUGGUAUUUAAUAGGAAUGCCAGGCAAAAAGAACACGAUAACAUACGCGUGCUGCCCCGAGCCGUACGUGGACGUAACGUUCACGAUCAUGAUCAGGAGACGGACGCUGUACUAUUUCUUCAACCUCAUCGUGCCGUGCGUGCUGAUCUCUUCUAUGGCCCUCCUCGGGUUCACGCUGCCUCCCGACUCGGGGGAGAAGUUGACACUCGGAGUGACUAUACUUCUCUCGCUGACGGUGUUUCUCAACCUGGUAGCCGAGACCCUGCCGCAGGUCUCCGAUGCAAUCCCCCUGUUAGGGACGUACUUCAAUUGCAUCAUGUUCAUGGUGGCCUCUUCGGUGGUGCUGACGGUGGUAGUAUUGAACUACCACCACAGGACAGCAGACAUACAUGAAAUGCCGCAAUGGAUAAAAUCCGUGUUCCUGCAAUGGCUGCCGUGGAUCCUGCGCAUGUCGCGGCCAGGCAAGAAGAUCACGCGCAAGACGAUCAUGAUGAACACGCGGAUGCGCGAGCUGGAGCUCAAGGAGCGCUCGUCCAAGUCGCUGCUGGCCAACGUGUUGGACAUCGAUGACGACUUCCGACACGCCCCGCCGCCGCCCAAUAGCACCGCGUCGACGGGGAAUUUAGGACCAGGGUGCUCAAUUUUCCGGACGGACUUCAGGCGGUCGUUCGUUCGGCCCUCCACCAUGGAGGAUGUGGGAGGAGGGCUCGGCAGCCAUCACCGCGAGCUUCACCUCAUCCUGAGGGAACUACAGUUCAUCACGGCCAGGAUGAAGAAGGCGGAUGAGGAGGCCGAGCUGAUCAGCGACUGGAAGUUCGCGGCGAUGGUUGUUGAUAGGUUUUGCUUGUUCGUGUUCACUCUCUUCACGAUCAUCGCGACCGUCGCGGUGCUGCUGUCAGCUCCGCACAUCAUCGUGCAGUAGCAUUAGGUACCAGGGUUCGUGUAGGCCCUACCAUGAGAGAACUAAUCUUAGUCUUCGCCGAUGUAAUUAUAAAAUGUAUAAACUAUAUCUAAAGCGGUUGAAACGCACACGUCUCUUUUAACUAAGUCGAAAGACGGUAAAUAUAAAUGACAUACGUUAAAUAGCUUAGUUAAGUCCAACAUAUUAUAAAAAGAUUGUGAUGUUGACUAGGAUGUUAUACAGAUAAAUGUUGAUGAGUAUAAUUUGUUAAAAAUAUAAUUAUAUUUCUAAUUGAUACGGUUAAAGAGGUUAUUAAUAAUUGUGUUAAAGGAGUGGUUUAACGUGAGUGGGACAAUGCUUGGUUUGAAGUGAUUCGUGACGGUCUCAAGACGAAAGAUUUUGUUCAAGACAGUGUUUGAUCCGGAGAGCACUUUUCUAUUAACUAGUGCAUAAUUAAAAUACGACUUCUAGGAGCAAUCGCUCCUGAGAUAGAAUAAUCCAAAUACUAUCCUUUCUACUUGAAAAUGAGGGAUCACAGACAUUGACAUUACCCUAGGGCGUUAAGUAUCGUGUAUAUAACAUAAAGGAUGAAAUAUUGGUAGAGUCAAGACAAAUAGCUUACUACUUUAGUAACGUAAGAUGAAAAAUAGCAUGACUAAAGUUUGCGACGGAGUAAAGUGUUUCGGAAUAAAUCAAUUGAAGUGAGGAAUUGCCUACAGAUUUGGAAUUGAUAAACAACAAUUAAAAGAACCAACGGUAGAAUAAGGUCAGAGAUUAAAGUGAAUUAUUAAUUAGAACGCGAUGACUAAACGAAUUACAUUAAAUGACUAAAAUAUGUAUCAAAUUGGUUAACGUAGUCGUUCUCCAAGUAUCAGAUGUAGAUUGGGAUAACGAGCAAGUAGUUGGCAUUGUAGGUCGGUGGCACAUCAAGCUUACCUUGUAGCACCUUAUUUAAUCGUAACAGGUGUGAUUUUGGAACAAAGUUGUAAUGUCUGAUGUGCCAGCGACUGUACGUAUUCGAGUAAUUCAAAUAACAUUUCUCUAGCGUCACACGAAAUAGGACUUAACGUAUAAUUUGAACAUGAUUAAUUUACGCUAAAUUCUAGAGCGCGCAUAUACAUUGUAUGAAUUUGCAAAUGUCACUACUCAUCACAUAGUGUUACAAUAAAUGUAUAUACAGGAAUUAUCGCGAUGUGUAUUUGUAUAUAAAUUAGAAAAUGCGGAAAAAAGACUAAUGUAAUUCUUGACUAGACAACUGCGGACAAGUCUUUUUGAGCUCAAUUCUUA